AAGUGCAUGCGAUGUAUACAUUAAUGUAUAAGAAUUCUAUUUGAACAACUGUAAAAAAGUGUUUCUUCUAACGAAAGCUCGGUAGAUUGAAGAUUAUUUUCGGAAAUCGAUAUCAAAUAUCCGCUGGACACGUUUACCUUAUCUGCAAUCAACAUGCCUGAAAACGUGAAGACAACUGGGUCCCUCGUAGGAGCCAUCGACGAGGGAACGAGCAGCGCCAGAUUUUUGGUGUUCGACGUGUUGCGUAGGAAGGUGGUUGCUCUGCAUCAGAUUGAGAUCAAGCAGAAGUAUCCUCAGGAAGGAUGGGUGGAGCAGGAUCCAAAGGAGAUACUGCAAGCAGUCAUCGACUGUAUCAACGAGACUGCGAAGAAAAUGAAAGACAUUGGCUUAACGAUGUCAGAUAUCAAAGCUAUCGGAAUCACCAAUCAAAGAGAGACCACGCUGGUCUGGGACAAGGAGACUGGGGAGCCUUUGCACAAUGCGAUCGUGUGGCACGACAUGAGGACAACCACAACGAUGGAGAACGUGUUAGAUAACAUCCCGAACAAAACGAGGAACAAAAAUUACUUGAAGCCCCUUUGUGGUUUACCGAUGUCUCCCUAUUUUAGCGCCCUUAAGAUACGCUGGUUAAUAGACAACGUUCCUCGUGUGAAGCAAGCUGUGGAUGCAGAGAGGUGCGCUUUCGGAACGGUUGACACGUGGCUCAUUUGGAAUCUUACAAAGGGCCAAUUGCACAUAACGGACGUCUCGAACGCGUCUCGCACAAUGUUAAUGAACAUCGACACGUUGAAGUGGGAUUCCUUACUGUGCCGCUUCUUUGGCAUUCCACAGCACAUUCUGCCUGAAAUACGAUCCAGCGCGGAAGUUUACGGUUGCGUUUCAAAUCCUGAAAUUCUCGCCGGUAUUCCCAUAGCAGGUUGCGUAGGUGAUCAACAAGGAGCUCUUCUUGGUCAGUUAUGCCUGAAACCUGGACAGGCAAAGGCUACAUAUGGUACAGGUUGCUUUUUGCUUUACAAUACUGGAAACGUGAAAGUUGAUUCGACACACGGUCUGAUCACAACUGUUGCUUACAAGUUUGCGCGAUCCCCAGCUGUUUAUGCGCUAGAGGGUUCCGUCGCCGUUGCCGGGGCUGCAUUGUCUUGGCUGCGAGAUAAUAUGCAACUUCUUAAUAACAUCACCCAGACACAGGACAUGGCAGAACGUGUGAGAUGUUCCGGCGACGUUUAUUUCGUGCCGGCUUUCUCGGGACUGUACGCGCCCUAUUGGCAACAGGAUGCACGCGGAGUGAUUUGUGGUAUCACUGAGGAUACACAACAGUAUCAUAUCAUACGAGCGGCGUUGGAAGCAGUUUGCUUCCAAACGAGGGAUAUCCUGGAAGCAAUGGUGAAAGAUUCGGGAACGCAAUUGGCAACUUUGCAGGUUGACGGUGGAAUGACCGUGAACAAUUUGUUAAUGCAAUUGCAGGCGGAUUUAACCGGGAUAACUGUUGUGAGACCAAACAUGGUCGAGACCACGGCUUUAGGUGCUGCCAUUCUAGCUGGUAUUGGUGCAGGUUUAAUCGACAUAAACGACGUAGAUGCAUCUCAGAUAACCAAGUUUUCACCUGUAAUCGGCGAAGAUGAGAGAGAUCUCAGAUAUUCCAAGUGGAAAAUGGCUAUUGAGAGGUCCAUGAAGUGGGAUUGUUCUACGACUUCGAUGAAUAAUUAA